AUGCUAUUAAAACCUCAAAGUAGAAUAGAUACAGAAUCAAAUGAUUCAGGGCAAGCUCUAAGCAUUAUGACAAUAGGAAGACGAGAAUCACGAGAAGAUGUUUUUGCAUCUAUUGAUAACUAUCAAAGUUUGACAAAUGGAAACACAACUGAGUCAAUGAUUACCUUAAUUGGACAUCUAAAGCCCAGAAAUGAGUCUAUGACUAUAAAUCCAACUGAAAAUACAAGUUGCUGCUUGUUUCCUAUAGGUAGGAGGAAGAAUGAUAAUAGCAACCAAAAUAUUUGUAAUAUAUUUUAG